AAAUAAAAAUUUCAGAUCAAAUACUUGCACGUCGUCGAGCGGUAUUAACGUCCCCAUCGAUGCCAGUUUCGGGUGCGGCUGUCGAUUCCAAUCAACCGCCUGCGUACUCGCAAAAUCAGAAAGUUUAUGGAUCUGUGUAG